AUGGUCAGCAGCAGCAUCUGCCCCACGUGCUCCUGCACCGAGAUCGAUGUGGUGGGCGUGAGCGGAGAGGCCGUGUGCGUGAGCUGUGGCACUAUCCUCGAGGAGAACAACAUCGUGUCGUCGGUCGAGUUCCAAGAGUCGGGUGGCGGGGCGCACUCUGUCGUGGGGCAGUUUGUGUCGGCUUCGGCUUCGAAAGCGUACGGCAACAUCGGCACGAGCGGCCGAAGCUACGGCACCGAAUCCCGCGCUACGACACUGGCGAAUGGAAAGAAGAAGAUCCGCCACAUAGCAGGUCUGCUGAGGCUCGGAGACCACUACGUGGAUUCGUCUUUCCGACUCUUUGCACUGGCGUUGCAGCGAAACUUUACACACGGUCGCAAGACGCAGACAGUGAUUGCCGCCUGCUUGUACGUCGUGUGUCGUCGAGAGCGCUCACCGCACUUGCUCAUCGACUUUUCGGACAAGCUGCAGAUCAACGUCUAUGUGCUGGGAGGUGUUUUUCUCAAGUUUUGCAAGCUCCUGCAGAUUCACCUGCCGCUCAUUGACCCGUCGCUCUACAUUCACCGCUUUGCGUCGCAGCUGAAUUUUGCAGGAAAGACGCACAGCAUUGCCACGACAGCACUCCGUCUUACGGCCACGAUGAAGCGCGAUUGGAUCGAGACUGGUCGCCGACCAUCGGGAAUAUGUGGAGCAGCAUUGCUCAUUGCCGCACGUUCGCAGUCAGUCAAGUGCAGUUUGCACGACGUCAUGGAUGUUGUCAAUAUCGGAGAGCGGACGCUGAAGCAGCGGCUGUACGAGUUCUCACUUACUCCGACAGCGCAAUUGACCUACGACCAAGUAGGAAAGAUUGAGAUGUCGCGUGUUGAGUGCGAUCCUCCUAGUUUCCAGCGUCACCGCGAAAAAGAAGUGAUGGAAAUGUUGCUACUCGAGUCGGAAAAAUUGCCGCUGAAAAAGCAAGAACGGGGGCGACUUACAAGAGGGCAAAAUCAUGCAAACGUCGAUAGCGGGGGUAAUGAAGACAAAGGAAAAGUGUGUGACAAAGGUGCACUAAACAAAAAGACGCAGCAGAUGAAGGACGAGGAGAUGUCGCUACGCCUGACCGGCGACGGGCACAAUAAGGGGAAACAAGUGGAAAGGCUUUCUGUCGGCACUGACAUAAUUCCGGGAACGAAACAUGUGGGGAUCGACGAAGAAAAAGCUAGUGAAGACGACGAUGAUGGCAUCGACUAUGGCUUCGACAAUGCAAAUGACAGAAUCGUUAAUCGUGCGAGUCGUUUAGCAGCUCAUGAAGUGUUGAUUCGAGUGCGCAAGAAAUCGGCUCGUUACAUAAUGCGCAAGCGCGACGAAGCAGAAUUCUACAAGACGAUCGAGCGCGAUCUAACAAUGGCACUAGAGGAGGACAACACAACAACAGCGGGUGUCAGCCGAAUAGGAGGAGUGAGGCAAUUAAACGGCAUUGAUGGUGAAACACAGGAAGGUACCAGCUUUGAUGCUUCAUUGGACAAGAAAGCAGAGUAUACAGUAACAAAAAGGCGACGGUCACAUGACCCCUGUAAUGAUAUACACGAGAUCAAGAGGAGAUCGAGGAUAAGUAGUGAAGAAAACGAGCACGAUGAAGAUGUGGGUGAUUCCGAUGGCGGGGAGACGCAGGUAGAGAAGCGGAGUGUUUGUGAAAAAGAUGAAAUUGAGAAAGAAGUCGUGGACACGUUCUCGGACUUGGAUGACGAGGAAAUCAACUCCCUGUUGUUGACGCGCGAGGAGGCAGAAAAGAAAAAGCUGCUGUGGGAGAAGAUGAACAAGGACUUCAUUCAAGAGCAGGAACAAAAGAGGUUGCUCGGCUUAUCAGCACCUGGUGGUCCGAAGAAAAAAAAGAGAAAGAAAGUACCCGAUGUGAACGCUCCACCACCCGAUACGGCGCAACACGCAAUUUAUAAAUUAAAGAGUCGAAGGAUAAACUACGAAGUCAUCGACGAACUCUUUGGUGAAGCAGCAAGCAACGGCUUUUAG